GAGAGAGCGAUGCCAGACUCCAGCUCACACACACAUACGGCCCUGGGAGCUGGGAGCUGCAUAGGACCAUCGAUAUACUGACUCAACUCAGCUCAACUUACCACUCAACUGGAAGACAAGUCUUUUUUUGUUUCAAUGCACGGGAACUUAACGCGCAGCUAAAAGGAAUAAGGAGUUUUUAAUGCCAGUUUUUUCAUCCGAAAGCGGCAGUUUGCUCAAUCAUGAUCAUCCUCUCAUCGCGAAGUGUAUUGCUGUCAGUCUACUACCCUCAGAUCUUCCUCAUCCUCACCAGCGGUAGCUACCUGGCCCUUUCCUCUGUGGUUGCCCUGGGUGCCAAUAUCAUCUGCAAUAAGAUCCCUGGGCUGGCCCCGCGCCAGAGGGCCAUCUGCCAGAGCCGCCCGGACGCCAUCAUCGUCAUCGGGGAGGGCGCUCAGCUGGGCAUCAACGAGUGUCAGUACCAGUUCCGCUAUGGUCGCUGGAACUGCUCCGCACUGGGGGAGCGCACCGUCUUCGGACAGGAGCUUCGAGUAGGCAGUAGGGAGGCGGCCUUCACAUAUGCCAUCACGGCGGCCGGCGUGGCGCACGCCAUCACGGCGGCGUGUAGCCAGGGCAACCUGUCGCACUGCGGCUGCGACCGGGAGAAGCAGGGCUACUACAACCAGGAGGAGGGCUGGAAGUGGGGCGGCUGCUCGGCAGACCUCAAGUACGGCAUCGACUUCUCACGACGCUUCGUGGACGCCCGCGAGAUCAAGAAGAACGCCCGCCGCCUCAUGAACCUGCACAACAACGAGGCCGGACGCAAGGUCCUGGAGGAGCGUAUGAAGCUGGAGUGUAAAUGCCAUGGUGUGUCGGGCUCCUGCACCACCAAGACGUGUUGGACCACGCUGCCCAAGUUCCGGGAGAUCGGCUACAUCCUGAAGGACAAGUACAACAAGGCAGUGCACGUGGAGGUCGUUCGGGCCAGCCGUCUGCGCCAGCCAACCUUCCUCAAGGUCAAGAAGACCCAGGGUUACCGCAAGCCCGUGGAGAGCGAUCUGGUCUACAUCGAGCGCUCGCCCAACUACUGUGAGAAGGACGCCAAGACGGGGAGCGUGGGCACGCAGGGGCGACUCUGCAACCGCACGUCGCCACACACGGACGGCUGCGACCUGAUGUGCUGUGGACGAGGCUACAACACACACCAGUACACCAGGGUGUGGCAGUGCAACUGCAAGUUCCAGUGGUGCUGCUUCGUCAAGUGCAACACGUGCAGCGAGAGGACGGAGGUGUUCACCUGUAAAUAAAAUGAAAGAAAAAGGGGACGACGUGGCACGGCAUUUCAAGAAGGUAGGUCUGCACACUGCGGAAUAAGCUCCAAAUUUGAAAAAAAAAGUAUUACAUUAAAACAGCAACGUUUUAAUUUAAGAAAGUUUAUUUUUUUGGAGCUUAUUCCUCAGCGUGCAGACAUACCUUCUUGAUCUGUCUGGCACUUUUGUCUGGCACCUGCAACAAGUGACUUUGGAUGUGCGCACCCUUCCCAAAACGACAUGGCACGGCACGGCACGGCAUGACAUGGGGGGUCAGGAGAGGUCAAGCUAUGGAGGAGAGGAACUGGAGAAGAAGACUGGACAGACAGAGGAGGGGAAGAAAAAACCCAUGGAGUGAGAGAAAGAGGGAAAAUGGAAUUGGAAUAAAAGAGAGCGUAUGAGAAGGAGAAGAGAGCAAAAGAGACUUGAAAGGAGUGAGUUGAAGAGAGAGAUGGUUGUGAAGCGGUGGAGAGGGAACGUAAUGGAAUGGAAAUGACAAUAUCAGCUCUUCAUGGCAUCAUUUUGCACAGCAGAAUCUAUAUUUGCUUUAACACAAAGUAAAGGCUAAAUAUCACUAGGUACAACCCCAGCUCUUGACUGAGUUAAGAAUAUUGGGUGCUCUGAUGCACUGAUGUAUCCACACUGACUGGAAGUUCUUGACUGCAAACCAUGCCCUGGAUACGAAUGGUGCCCUGGAUACGAAUCGUGCCCUGUGAUUGGGGGAACUGUGCAUUGCACUCUGGGAUCUGUAGUUGUUUAUUCCAAGGGAAGCUUACCGACAACAAGGACGAGUGACUUGUGGGAUGUGAAAAAAGUGACAGGAAUUGCUCUGAGCAACUGAAAAAAAGGGUUUCAAAUGUUCUGUUCUCAGCUUUUGAGUCUCAACAAACUCUUGGGUUUCAAGAAAGGGGACCACAAAGAUGAAAAGUAAUGGUGGCAACAAAAAAACACAAACUUGGCAACUUGAUAGUGUGGAUAUGAAGCGCGCUAGCUGUGGCAGCGCUGUGCCCAUGGGAACAUUAGGAAACUGAGAUGGGGAGGCCUCUACCCUUAAGCCUUCUACUACCAACUGGAAAAUGGUGGAGUAUGUUAGUCGUCCAGUCACACUGGAACUGUCUGUUUGAACACUGAAAAAAAUAAAUUGUUUAUUUAUGUAAUAGUAUCUUAAAACAAAGCACUAACGGGUAGAAAUGUCUUAUUUUGUACUAAGUGUAAAAGAGAGAGAAAAAAAAAGUUUUUAGAAACUCUGACUGAAGGUGCGUGUCUUUUAGGAAAAAAAGAAAAAAACAUCCCACCAUUUCCCAACCAAAAAGCCCUCGAUUUUCAAUAUGUUUUUCAGUGGUUUCACUUUCUGGUGUGUGUUGACUUCAGAAAUCAACUCAUAGGACAGUAUAUUUCUAAAUCACAUGGGUUCUACUUUUUCUUUAGCAUAGCUUUCAUUUGCAGUCAGAUAUGCACUAUGAUUUUUGUUCCCGGUUAUUUUCCAGACAUAGACGAAAAGAGGAAUACUUUCUUAAGCUGCAAAAAAAAUCCUCAAAAGCAAAAAAAAAAGAAAUCCUUCCUCGAUUCAUUAAACGUGACAUUAAUAUGUUGCUGGAUAUGUUGUCGAGUGCUGCACUGAUAUUUUUUCUAUUCAGA